UACCCUCAUCCGCUUAACCCACUCAAUUCAAAAGCAUCUCAACCUUGUACCUCCGGAGAUACUAAACCCACUUUCAUUGCAUAGGUCGUCUCCAUCAUCAGCCCUGUGAGCUCCCUUGUUUUCUCCGCGCUUGCCACCUCACUGGUGUAUAUUUUUUUGCCCUGAUUGUGUACACCCAUGCCCCUGAUGACACAAUACAACAAUCAAUUGAAAAUCAAUAAAGUCCAUACUUCUACCCAAAGAGGGUACAAGUUGGGGUCUACCAAUGCCACGUGGAAGAAGCUCAAACAGGUGGCCAAUGUCGCUUCUGAUGAAUCAUUUCCUGUUGUUGAUGACGAUGAACAGGAAGAACCUAUUAUCCAACAAGGACCGGCAGGCGAGGUGUUUAUUAUUUAUCCCGUCUCCACCAUUGUUGAAGUAUGGUACUGGAUUCCACCAGAGGUGGAAGGUGAUGUGGUUGCACAGGACUUUAGUGGCGAUACGUUGUACUUUUACUCCCAGAUUAAGUUGACUCAUAAUCCCAAAAACGUGAACUCCAAUAUCAAUAAUAGCGAGGAAUCAUCGCUUAAACCUGUAAUCGACUCACUAAGUAUUAUUGAUGGCAGUUUAAGCAAGGGCUACAAUAUUCUAGUGGUGUACAAGUAUCCCAAGUUCUCCAUCCAAACACGUACUUUACUGGUACUGGAAUCAAGUUCCCUGAUAAUUCAACAUUUGAAUUUGCCUGACUUCUUCGUUAAUAACCCAGGUACUGAGUUGGUAGUCAAGUGCAAUUCUAAUUUUGUUGUGGUAAGUAAUAAUGAAGGGUUCCUAUACGUGUUUAAUUGGGAUCCGGUGUUGCUGAGGUAUGUGAGAGCCAACUCCAACCAGAGCUUGAAAGACUUGAAGAAGUCCACUACCUUGCCUAUUUUGAGAAGCUUUAAUUUAGUUUCUCAGGUUUCAGAUGAUGAGGUAUUGUUCAAAACGAGCUGUUCUGACAAGAAGGCAAUCUUUGAUUUGAAUAACAACUGGUUGGUUUAUUCCCCCACAAAGGUUGAAUACAAUCAGAUUAAAAUCAACCAGAACUCUUUUACCCCGGUGAAGUUGCCAACGUCUAAACCUUUAUUGAACAAGGUCUUGGAGAACUUGUCAAACACUGCGUUGGACCUGUUGUUUAGGCUUUCAAAGUUCUCCACCAAGAAAUUGAACGAGUACAUGAAGAAUAGGAACAACCAGGACGUAAGUAUGAAAGCUGUUGGUAAUCCCUUGGCCAAGUUAUUGAACCAAACUCUUCAUUCUCUCAAUGAAACGAAGGCAAGUUUUCAAAUCAAUGAUAAUCAAAUCAUCAAGAUUGUGGAUUUGUCCAAUGACAAAACCUUGACGAUUUUUAAAACUCCAGAUGGAAUUUCCAACUUGUCAUUCAACCCUUACGAUUUACAACUUGUCAAUUCCAACCUAAGGGGCGACAGUUUUUUCAUUUGGGAUCUCCUUAAACUUCCUGGCGAAGUAUCCUUGAUGGGGAAAUUCUCGAGAGGAAAAACAUCCGGAAUUAUUGAUGAUUUUUUUUGGUUUAUCAAUAAUAAUGAAGAUGACCCACAAUUAUCAGAUGAAAUAUUAAAGGGAACCAACUCAGGAUUUGGGUGUAUCAAUUCCAAAUCUGGCACUGUCCAUUGGUAUAAUAUCAAUUAUUUGCUUUCUAAUUUAAGCAAUAACCUUCCCAAUUAUUUGGGCAAAGAGUUCCCUAUUAACCUUGAGACUUCCAAUAAGGAAUUCUUGAAUGAUUGGAUUUUAUCGUCUAGCUCUGGAAAGUAUAAGCAGUUCUUGAAGGUACCAAAUUUGUUGAAUUUGUCUCCCAAGAAUCUUUGUGAUUUGAAUCAACUAGCGAUUUUAGACAGUGAGAAUAACUUGAAACUUGUUAAUCCAUUGAAUGGUGACAAUUGUUUCAAGUUUGAAUUACCAACGUCGAUGGUAGACUCAAAAUUGGCGAACAGAAGCAAAAUUAUCUUCAAUGAUCAUUUAAAGAAAAAGGAUAAUUUGAUUCCUUUAUCACAGAUUGAAAUUGAAACUUGCAAGCCAUUCAUGAAUCUCACUAACUACAGAAAUAUUGAGAUUUCUUGUUAUGACUAUCCGGCUGAAGAUACAGAAGGUCGGACUGACUUUGAUAAUAUCUACGAAUCUUACUCAACUAUGACAAACCACAAAGUUCCAAUAAAAAGAAUAAAAAUAGAAAAUACUAAAGAAAUGGAUGAAGAAAUUGAUUUCAUUGAUCAGCUAGUUGACGACUUGAUUCUCAACGACUGAUCAUUAUUUAUGUUAAUGUAUCAAAUUUACGACCUUGAAGUCUAA